UUGUAGUGUUGAUUCCACACGGAACUCAUUCGGGGAUAGACGCAUGUGGUAGCUAGGUUUUGAUUGAAGCCCAUAGCAACAUCAAUAAUAAAGUGUAAGAGGUUCUCUCCAAUACACGUCUGAAUUGAAUCAGGGAAAAGGGAAAGGAGGAUGUUUAAAAACACAUUCCAGAGUGGAUUUUUAUCCGUGCUCUACAGCAUUGGAAGCAAGCCCCUUCAGAUAUGGGAUAAAAAGGUGAGAAAUGGUCACAUUAAGAGGAUUACAGACAAUGACAUUCAGUCUCUGGUGCUGGAAGUGGAAGGAACAAAUGUCAGCACUACAUACAUCACCUGUCCAGCAGACCCCAAGAAGACGCUUGGCAUCAAACUUCCAUUCUUGGUUAUGAUAAUCAAAAAUUUAAAGAAGUAUUUCACCUUUGAAGUUCAGGUAUUAGAUGACAAGAACGUGAGGCGUCGUUUCCGUGCCAGUAACUACCAGAGUACGACCCGUGUGAAGCCCUUCAUUUGCACCAUGCCAAUGCGGCUGGACGACGGCUGGAACCAGAUCCAGUUCAACCUGUCCGAUUUCACGCGUAGGGCUUAUGGCACCAACUACAUCGAGACCCUUCGCGUACAGAUUCAUGCAAAUUGUCGCAUACGAAGGGUGUACUUCUCUGACAGACUGUACUCUGAGGAUGAGCUGCCAGCAGAAUUCAAACUCUAUUUGCCCGUUCAAAAUAAAUCCAAGCCCUAGGGUGAAGAGAUUCUCCUUUCCCCUCUCCCCAGACGUUAAAUUAUUUCCAGAUCAUCUUUGAAAUCUUUUGGUGAAAAUGUUUACUUUUUUAGUCAUGUAAUUGUCUCUUUUACUGUCUAUAUGGAAUUUGCACAAUAAAUGUUUUAUACAAAAAUAAUUAUGUUAUGCAUGAUCAUGUGCAAAUGGGUAUUACCCAUCCAAAGGUUUAGUAAUACUUAAAAGGAGUAUGUUUUGAAGGACAUACAGUACAGCACAAUGCAGAUAAAAAAGAAGAAAGAAAAUAGAUUCAAAAAGAUUCACAGAUCAAAAUGAAAUGUAAAUCAUGAGGAAGCAGUUGACCAUUACCAGAAAUUAUAAACUCAAUUAUUUGGAGACAAGAUUUGAGGAAACAGAAAUUGCUAUACAACAGAAUGAAGUUCUGUCUUAUCCAGACAAAUAUUUGUCAUUCUUUUUCUCCAAAAAAAUUUGGACACAACUGAACGCAGUUUUAUUUUUAUUUUUGCUUUGUUUUCACAAGAGUGAAAAUAAAAGCUAGGAGCAGGGAGGCCGGAAAUAAGUCCCUUUUAUCAACGGAUGGAAAUGACAGAACUAUACUGUCAUGAGCACCAGUCCUCCCAGAGGAUACAUCACAGAAAAAGCAUUUGCAUUCAUUCUGCUGUUCCAUAAACACCCCAGUAUUUAAGGCCUGGUAAUAGUACAUUCUACAAAGACAAAAAUUAGUAAAAUCCCCAAAUGUUCAUUGCUGUAAGAAAAUGCUGAUCACCUUCAACAAGCUAUACACAUUGUACUUAAAAUUACACAAAUUAUAGAAUUACAGAUACCAUUUCACUACACUGGAGGUGUUGUCAACCCCAUGAAAAAAGAAAUCAUUGGCAAGAACAAUUCAUUGUCUACAAAUGUGCUUGUUUGUGUCUGUGUAUUUCUUUAUUGCUCCUACCACACAUUUUGAUGGAUGCAUUCGUGCAGGAAUGGAGCACCAGAUAGCAUUAAUAUGGACGCUAUACACAAAACUGUUAUUUUCAGUUGGACAGGUUUGUCAUUUUGACAGAUGGAUGAAUCUUGAGCAAUUUAAAUGUUAUCAACUAAUGUGCUCAAUUGAAAAUGUAUUCCGUACACUUUUUAAAAGUCUAUUGAUGUAUGUAUCAAUAAGCAAUUAAUGCAGAGAUUUCAUAUUCCAAUACCACAGAAAAGUAGAGAUAAAAGAAGUUGAGGAAGGUAAAGGUGAAAACU